AUGGAAGAAGAGGUACCCGGUGGAUCGGCAGAAGCCACCGAUACAGGAAGCGAAGCGAGCUUCAAAGUGUCUCAAAGAGAAAUUGAAGACGUCGAGGAGAAUUUGAAAAACGCCGAAGCGAUUUUCGAGCAUCUCGAACAGCUUCCGUUUCAGGUUUUCAUUCUCAGCGAGUUUGGAAAACCGAUUUUUGUGAACAAUGAUAGAGACGAAGGAGAGGUUGUGAGUCUGGCAGCACUGAUUUGUGCAUUCGUGAGUCGCUGUCAAUCAUGGGGAGACAGUUUAAUGUCGAUGACGUCACAGGAUAAUCAUAUUCAAUUCUUGCACAAAUCUCCGUUGAUUUUCUGUGUUGUAUCGAAAUAUGCAGAACAGUUGGACCAGCAAUUGGAAGUUCUUUUUGAACAAAUCUGCUCGAUUCUUUCGAAAAGUCAACUGGAAAAUGUGUAUAAGAAGAAGGGAGACAAUUAUGACUUGAGAAAACUGCUACGCGGUACUGAUAGGCUUAUUGAUUCAUCGAUUUCUUCGUGGAGAGCCUCGCCGAUCAAUUUGGUUGAUUCUUCGAUUUCUGCGAUUCCGAUGAAUUCAUCGGAUCGGGAAUUUCUUUCGACAACGAUGGCAUCGUGUAUGGGCGCUGCGAAAUUAGAUGGUGCUUUGUUUGGAAUUAUGAUUGCUAGAAGACAGAUAGCAGCGAUUGUCAGGUUUAAGAAAUACGUAAUCCAUCCUCGCGACUUGAACAUUCUCAUCAAUCUCGUCUCCGACACCACUCUCAAAACGGAUUCUCAAAACUGGGUGCCCAUCUGUUUGCCACGUUUCAAUGACACCGGCUUCUUCUACGCCUACAUUUCGUAUCCCUGGUGCAACAAAGAUCAAGACAUUCCAGCGUGUCUAGUGCUGCUUUCUGUGAAACGAGAUCAUUUCGAUGGGUUGAAAGAAGUCAGACAACAAAUUGUCACAAAAUUGGAGAACAAUGCGAAAUUCUUCACCAAUUUCAGUCAAGCUGUGAAGACGCCGAAUCUGUAUCAGAUCUCACAAAUCGGAUCGAAUUCUGAAUCACUUUGGUCGUUUUUAUACUUGAAUCACUCGUCGAGACAAGUUUGUAUGUCCGCUUCGAAAAUCCCCCUUAUCACUCGAACCGAACGAUGGAUGGCUCGCUGUGAAAUGCGACGUUCUUCUGCUCUAUCCACACGUCAUCCUCACCUCCGAACCCUUUUCGUUCGUGGCACAAAGCACUGUCUCUUCGUUUGGGUGACGGAUCUCUUCUCGUUAUACUGCAUCUUUGGUCCAUUUGUCACUGCCGCCGUCUCAUUCCAAGUCGUCGAGAAGCUUCUGAAAUCGCUGAAGUCGCACGAGCAACGCUACUUCAUUAUUAAUACGACAUCUUUCUAA